UGUCAAAUUGAAAGUCAUCAGAAAUGGUCGCGUCCACAAUUUGUUAAAAUCGCGCGCGUGUUUUACGCGUGACUUUGAAAUGUUCUAACUUAAUUUCGUUAAAUUUUGUGUUAACUAAAUAUGACGAUAAUAAUUCAGUCCCUUCUUUUGAAUUUUUGACGAUUUAAUUUCUAUUCUCAAUACCGCAUGGUCGGUAUUCGUGUCAACAAGUGAAGAAUUUAAUGCUAGCGUUUCGAAUUUAUAUCGCUUAGUUGAACUGAAAUGACUGUAUUAUUUGAUUAAAAUAGACUGUAACUGUCUUAUACAAAUCACACAAUGACUUCCCCUCAGAAAGACAUUGAGUUGAGUCCAGUGAAGACGGAAACGGGUGCUUCUAAGCCGGCCGAGCCCGCGGAAACACUUCAUGUGCCCGUCAACGACGAAGAAGAUGUUAUUAUCGGUAGAUUUAGGAAGAUUAGUUCUGCUAAGUCUAUGGCAGCGACUAAUGGUAACAUCCAGUAUCCUUCUGAGGUGAUUCCGAAGAGUGAGGAUGUGGAAUCGGGGUUGCAUUUCAAGAGUAGGGAGGCGGGUGAGAAAGACCGGCUGUUGGUCGACCCUGUGUCGAAUGGCGGGGUGGUGGUGCAGCCUACUAAAUCGCCGAUGACGAAGAGCAGCUUCAGGGACAUGGAGAAGCCCUCCCGGUUCAAGGAUCAGCCGUCAACUACAAGGUUUCAGAUGGAGGAUAAAACCACAGAAGACGACGCGACCGAAGACUCCGACGCAUCAGGCAUGGAUAGCGACGAUCCAUUGACCGCCACAGACACCAAAUAUGGCAAGAGUUUCAGACAUUUCACCAGGGAAGCCUUGCCAAGGCUGGACAACUACAGAAACGUUUUGUCGCUCCAUGCUGCCCCGCGGCCCACUUUGGAUGAACUACAUAAUGCUUCUUUAUCUAGGAAGCCAGGCCAGACCCUGGAGAAGGACAUGGACAUCCGGGACCCUCCGUCCACCAACCUCAAGUUCGGCUGGAUCAAGGGCGUGCUGAUGCGGUGUCUUCUCAACAUAUGGGGGGUGAUGCUGUUUCUAAGGCUGUCCUGGGUGGUUGGGCAGGCUGGCGUGGCGCAGUCCAUCCUGCUGAUCCUGACCACGUCGGUGGUGACCACCAUCACGGCGCUCUCCAUGUCGGCUAUUAGCACCAACGGGGUUAUUAAAGGAGGUGGAACCUACUACAUGAUAUCGCGCUCUCUUGGGCCUGAGUUUGGAGGAUCCAUAGGGCUGAUAUUCUCCAUGGCGAACGCGGUCGCGUGCGCGAUGUACGUGGUCGGCUUCGGCGAGUCGCUCAUCACGCUCAUACCGGAGUCGGCUUAUAUGGUCAGCAAGAGCUGGGACCAAGCGAUAUACGGCUGCAUCACCAUCGUCUUACUGACUGGCAUCGUGAUCGUCGGCAUGGAGUGGGAGGCCAAGGCGCAGAUCGUGUUGCUGGUCAUCCUUUUGGCGGCCAUUGCUGACUUCUGCAUAGGAUCCGCCAUCGGGCCAAAGAGCGAAGUGGAAGUGGCUCAGGGUUUCGUCGGAUAUAAUAUGUCGGUGCUGCGCAGCAACAUGGGCCCGGACUACCGCUACUUCGAGGGCGUGGAGCACAACUUCUUCUCCGUGUUCUCCAUAUUCUUCCCCGCCGCUACCGGCAUCUUAGCUGGGGCUAACAUAUCUGGCGAUUUGAAGGACCCCCAAAAGUCUAUCCCCAAAGGCACGCUCCUCGCGAUUCUUCUCACGACGUUAUCGUACGUACUCAUCGCCGUCGUGGCCGGCUGGACGGUGCUGCGCGACGCGUCGGGCGACGUGGCCGACGUCGCGGGUUGGGCCAUGGCGGACUGCGCUGCUAAUAGAACCUGCCAGUAUGGAUUGCAGAACAGCAACGAUGUAAUUCGCCUAGUCUCGGGAUUCGGACCUCUGAUCUACGGAGGGUGCUUCGCUGCGACAUUGUCUUCAGCUCUGGCAUCGCUCGUGUCCGCGCCUAAAGUGUUUCAGGCGCUGUGCCAAGACAAGCUGUAUCCAUACCUAGAGUUCUUCGCCAAGGGCUACGGAGCCAACAACGAGCCGGUGCGCGGAUACGCGCUCACGUUCCUCAUUGCGACUGCCUUUAUACUAAUGGGCGGUUUGAACCAGAUCGCGCCUUUGAUUUCCAACUUCUUUCUGGCGGCAUACGCGCUCAUCAACUUCUCAACGUUCCACGCCAGCCUCGCCAAGCCGGUGGGAUGGAGGCCUACCUUCAGGUUGUACAACAUGUGGCUGUCGCUGGUUGGCGCCAUGGUGUGUGUGGGCAUCAUGUUCGUGAUCUCUUGGGUCACGGCGCUCAUCACCUUCUCGUGUCUGCUCGCGCUGUACCUGCUCGUGUCCUACAGGAAGCCUGAUGUAAACUGGGGAUCAACUACUCAGGCGCAGACGUACAAGACGGCCCUAUCUGGUGUCCAUCAUUUGAACAAAAUCACAGAUCACGUCAAAAACUACAGACCUCAAAUUCUGGUGCUGACCGGCUAUCCUGCAGAAAGACCCAUCUUGACUGAUUUCUCGUAUCUCCUUACCAAGGGACUCUCGUUGAUGCUUUGCGGUCACAUAAUACAGGGCCAGACCAGCCACCGCGCGCGCGAGGCACUAAGCAGCCGCGCGUACGGCUGGUUCGCCAAGCGCAAGAUCAAGGCCUUCUACGGCCUCGUCGACGACGCCGGCUUCAAGGACGGCGCCAGUGCGCUCAUGCAGUCAAGUGGGCUCGGCAAGCUGCGGCCCAACAUCCUGAUGAUGGGCUUCAAGGAGGACUGGCAGAGCUGCGCGCGAGCCGAGCUCAUCGACUACGUAGAAGUCAUGCACAAAGCGCUCGACAUGCAUAUGGCUAUUGCACUGCUGCACGUAGAAGGUGGCCAGUACACCGCCGACGCUUUGGACGACGACCUGCAAGCCUUCCUGCGUGACGUCAACGUGAAGGACGCCUCUGCUAUGUCACGGUCCAUGGGCGACAACUUCAAGGAGUCCAAGUCUACUGAGAGUCUGACCACGCAUUCUGUGGGCAGCAGUCUGUCGGACGUGUCGCUGGGCUCGCCUCAGCUGCGCCGCGCGGGCGUGUCUGCCGACCCCGGCGCGCUCGCCGCCGACGAGCCAGCGAAGACCGAGGAGAAAGAGAGGAAAACCGGCCUAGGUAGUGCUGUGCGGCGCGCAUUGGGCGGGUCUCCCGCGCGUCGUGCGUCUUCCUUCACGUCCGUGGAACAGUUUACGAAGCGUCAGGCCGGCACUGUCGACGUGUGGUGGCUCUAUGAUGACGGAGGGCUGACGCUGCUGCUGCCAUACAUCUUAUCCACGAGACGCGCGUGGGCGUCUUGCCCGCUGCGCGUAUUCACACUGGCUAACAAGAACACCGAGCUUGAGCUCGAGGAGAGGAACAUGGCGUCUCUCCUGUCGAAGUUCCGCAUCGACUAUUCUGCGCUGAAGAUGGUUUCGGACAUCACGAAGAAGCCACGCGAUUCCACGCUGGCCUACUUCGAGAAGCUGAUUGCGCCUUUUAGAAGCACCGACGAUACGAAUGAUGACGGUGGUAUAACCGAGGCGGACCUGUUAGCAGCGCGCGACCGGACCUACCGCCACCUGCGCUUACGAGAGCUCAUCGCAGCACAGUCGGCCGGCGCUCGCCUGGUCUGCGUCACGCUGCCCAUGCCACGACGUCGUGGCGUCGUGCCUCCGCCGUUGUACCUGGCCUGGUUACACGCUAUAGCGUCAGCGGCUGAUAGGGUCCUACUGAUCAGAGGGAACCACGCUGCUGUGUUGACGUUCUACUCGUAACGGUAACGUCUUAAGCUUAUCAAUAGUGCAAAUUGUUAAGGACGGCUUAAUUUACCGGUCUUUUUGAUCUAGUUUUUUGAACAAUACACCUGUACGGUCAGUCUCUGUCUCACUAGCUAGUGUUGAUUAGUAACUCUGCCGCUAUACCUGGCCUGGAUACACGCAAUCGCGUCCGCUGUUCAUAGUCUACGGCUGACUAAGGGGAAUCAGGCUGCUGUGUUGACGUUCUACUUAUAAUUAGACCGUAACAUCUUAUGUUUAUCAAUACUGGAAAUUUUUAAAGAGGUCUUUUUGAACUCUUUUUUUAAUAGCACUCACGAUCCUGUUCGGUCAGCGCUCUGUCUUACUAGCUCUUGUAAAGAUGUAUUGUACC